AUGGGAACAAAGAAUGAAGCAGAAGAAAGUCCAGAGAUUUCUUCGAGUUCGCGAAGAUGGCUGAUUAUCUUGAUUUUUUCCUGUUAUUCGCUGACGAGCGCGUUUCAAUGGAUUGAGUUUGCGAUUUUACCAGGCAUCUUUACUGAAUAUUACGGAAUCAGUCCCAAUUACGUCACAUGGACAUCUACAAUCUACAUGGCUACGUUCAUUCCUCUCGUCUUCCCCGCCACUUGGCUGGUAGACAACACAGGGCUGAAAAACAUCGCUCUCGUCGGGUCCGGAAUGAAUGCGCUGGGAGCACUGAUAAAAUGCCUCGGUCUCGGGCCAGACUCAUUUUGGAUCUGCUUCAUCGGGCAGACAAUUGCUGCCUGUGCCCAGUGCCUUAUUCUCGAGCUUCCACCGAAAAUUGCCUCCGUUUGGUUUCCAGCGAAUCAAGUUUCUACUGCAACAUCACUUGGAGUUUUCGGAAAUCAACUUGGAGUCGCACUUGGUUUCUGUAUUCCUCCGCUGAUCGUGAAGGGGCCCUUGAAGAUAUUUGAAGAUGUAAUGGUUGAUCCUAAAGUUGAUAACUCUACUUUCUCCGGAGGCUAUCCUGGUGAUUGGAGUGAUGAGGAAAGCUGGGGAGUUAACACGACACAGUUGGCGAAGGUCGAAGUGAAGGAGCAACUUAGAAUUUUAUAUUACGGACUUGGUGCAAUAACCCUCCUCCUCUUCAUCCUCGUUUGCCUUACCUUUGCUGAUAAGCCGAAGAAAUUCGCCAACCGUGCUUCCCUUCGUCGAUCGGAAUUAAAAACUGACGAGUUGGCGAAAGAAAGUGUCAUGGAUUCGUUUAAAAUUUAUGGGCAGUCUUUGGUCAGAUUGAUGAAAGACAAAGCCUUUGUGUUGCUGACAGUCUCUUAUGGGUUGAAUGUUGGUGUUUAUUACGCGAUUUCGACGCUUCUCAAUCAGAUCAUCAAACCAACCUUCUCUCCCGAAAUCUACGACGAGCAAUUUCUAGCCUCUCUGGACACCCAAAUUGGCUUCAUGGGAACAAUGAUGGUCGUCGCUGGCCUUGCUGGCUCUAUCCUCGGUGGCGUCAUCCUCGACAAGUUCAAGAAGUUCAAAUUGACGACGCUCCUCUGCUAUGGCCUCACGCUAGUGUUUAUGGUGCUUUUCAGUAUGACCGUCUCUCAAGCGAGCAUACUGUGGGACUUUUUGUUCAUCAGCGUUUUGGGCUUUUUCAUGACUGGAUAUUUGCCGAUUGGGUUCGAAUUCGGGGCUGAAUUGACUUACCCAGAAUCGGAAGCGACGAGUUCUGGACUUCUCAACUGCGCUGCUCAGUUCUUCGGCUUUUCCGUCACUUUCAUUUGCCAAUCAUUGGUGAACAAUGAGGAGAACGGCGGAAGAAAUGCAAACCUAGCGAUGAUAGGCUGCCUGGUUUUGGGACUGCUUUUGACAAUGAUGAUCAAAGAAGACUUGAAACGACAAUCUGCUGAGAACAACGAAGAAACCGAAAACCUCCAGAAACUAGACUCUUGA